UUCCACACCAACCUUCCGAUUAAGUAGCCAGCUUCAACUCUUCAACAACCCUCAAAUAUCCGGCUUCUUCACUUCUCAGUUGCAGAGAUUCUUAUACUCCUCCUUGCUUUUUAAUCUAAAAAUGUUGUCUUUGAAUCUUUUUCCUUCCUCAAAUGUCAAUUUCUCUAAAUCCAGUCAUAAGCAUCCCAUGAAUGCUUAUCUUUUGGAUCCAAAUCUUGUGAACAGACACAAAAAUCCACAGUUUGUCUUUCAUCCAUUCAAAAAACCCACUUCGGAAAUUAAUAUUGGAGUCCUAAUUAGGCAUUCUGAAGAACCCUUUUGCCAGAUCUCCAAAUCAAGAUCAGAUUUUGGAAAAAUAGUGACUACCCCUUUCGGAUUUUCUUCAAGACUUUCAGCCAGAGCAGCUUCUGGAGCCCCACAAGAAGCCAGCCCAAAUGGUGAAAUUGAAGUGUCAAAGCCGAACAAGAAUCUGAAGUUAGCUUUUAUUUUUGGUCUAUGGUACUUUCAGAACAUUGUUUUUAAUAUUUAUAAUAAAAAGGUGUUGAACAUUUUUCCAUAUCCAUGGCUUCUUGCAUCAUUUCAGUUGUUUUGUGGAUCUGUUUGGAUGUUUAUUCUAUGGUCUCUAAAGCUUCAGCCUGCCCCCAAAAUCAAUAAGUCCUUUAUUGUUGCACUUCUUGGACCUGCACUUUUCCACACUAUAGGCCACAUUUCAGCGUGCGUUUCAUUCUCAAAAGUGGCUGUUUCUUUCACUCACGUAAUUAAAUCAGCAGAGCCUGUUUUUUCAGUAGUGUUUUCAUCUUUUCUUGGUGAUUCAUAUCCAUUAAAAGUGUGGCUUUCAAUUAUCCCAAUUGUUUUUGGUUGCUCCUUGGCUGCUGUCACUGAAGUUUCCUUCAAUUUUGAAGGCCUUUGGGGUGCUAUGAUAAGCAAUGUUGGAUUUGUACUUCGAAACAUUUACUCGAAAAAGAGUUUGCAGAAUUUCAAGGAAGUCGAUGGAUUGAAUUUGUAUGGUUGGAUUAGUAUUAUCUCAUUGCUCUAUCUAUUUCCAGUGGCUGUUUUUGUGGAAGGGUCUCAAUGGGUUGCAGGUUAUCAUAAAGCUAUUGCAACAAUUGGAAAACCAUUGACAUUUUACUUAUGGGUGAUAUUAUCCGGAGUAUUUUACCAUCUCUAUAAUCAAUCGUCAUACCAAGCACUUGACGACAUUAGCCCGCUUACAUUCUCGGUCGGAAACACUAUGAAGAGAGUGGUGGUAAUCAUUGCUACUGUUUUGGUCUUUAGGAAUCCUGUUAGGCCACUGAAUGCACUUGGAUCGGCUAUUGCCAUAUUUGGCACUUUCUUGUAUUCGCAGGCUACGGCUAAAAAACCGAAAGUAGAGGCGGGAGAGAAGAAGGAUUAGAAAGAUGGUUCUUGUUUAUUUCUUGUUAUGUUUUUUAUAGAACUUGAACUGCUGUCUUUGUUCGAGGUGAACUAGUCCCUUGAACUUGUAGGAUGAAAUUGAGCCCUCGUCUGGCCGUGAUUUUUCAAUGGAUUUUCAGCCAUUUUCUUACCGUUGAGUCCAAGUGUGGGUCCCACCAAAGAAAGAGUCAAUCAAAAAUUACGGUCGCAACGGUAGAAAAAUCCAUUCUUUUCAGCCAAUAAUCUGCAUCAUACAGGGCCUGAAUUCGUAGCCAUCAAGGCAAGAGGGACUGGUUUUAUCUUCUUCAUUUUUUAUUUCUUUUAAAUGUAAAUGAAUAAAAGUUACUUAUCUAUUAAUAACUUAGACAAUGCUAUGUGUAUAUAUACCCCCCUCAUAUGGAGGAGAACUCAUAUAUAAUAAAAUAUUCGUGGGUAUCCUUCAAUGUGAGGGAGGUGUAAUCCAUUGUAUACACUUAGCAUUUCCCUAAUAACAUUUAAUUAUUGUGUUUCGACUUUUGGCUAAAACGGAAUGUCUUAAUUGAAUGUGAAAGACAACUCUUCUUUCUA